UGACAGAGAGAGAAGAGAGCGAGAUCAAGAGGAAGGAAAACAUAAUAACAAAAUAAAGAGAAAUCUAAAGGAGAGCGAGGCAGAGCGAGGGAAAGCACGGAGAGAGUAAGAGAGUGAGAGAGAGAGAGAGAGAGAGAGCGUGUGUGAGAGAGAAAGAGUCGGCUUAUUGGAAAAAGAUGGCUACAGUCACCGCGAACGGAUUGCAGCAGGAGAACGGAUUCAGCACCAUGAACAGCUCCGGCAGGAUGAACGGGCUGAGCAUGGGACAGAGUACCAUUCCAAUGAAGGACCACGAUGCCAUCAAGCUGUUCAUUGGGCAAAUCCCCAGGAACCUGGAGGAGAAAGAUCUUAAACCGCUCUUUGAGGAAUUCGGCAAGAUCUAUGAGCUCACCGUGCUGAAAGAUCGGUUCACGGGGAUGCACAAAGGAUGUGCCUUUCUAACAUAUUGUGCCAGAGAGUCAGCCCUGAAAGCUCAGAGCACCCUACAUGAACAGAAGACUCUUCCAGGGAUGAACAGGCCCAUCCAGGUGAAACCAGCAGACAGUGAGGGAAGAGGAGAAGACAGGAAGCUGUUUGUGGGCAUGCUGGGGAAGCAGCAGAGCGAGGAAGACGUGCGGAGACUAUUUGAGGCCUUCGGUCAGAUCGAAGAGUGCACCAUCUUGAGGGGGCCUGACGGGGCCAGCAAGGGUUGUUCCUUUGUGAAGUUCUCCUGCCACGCAGAAGCACAAACUGCCAUCAACAACCUACAUGGAGGCCAGACCAUGCCGGGGGCCUCGUCGAGCCUGGUGGUAAAGUUUGCGGACAGUGACAAGGAGCGCACACUGAGGAGAAUGCACCAGAUGGCCGGGCAGUUGGGAAUCUUCAGCCCCAUGACCAUCCAGUUCGGGGCCUAUGGAGCUUACUCUCAGACGCAGCUAAUGCAGCAACAGGCAGCACUGAUGGCAGCAGCACAGGGGUCCUACCUGAGCCCCAUGGCCGCGAUUGCUGCCGCACAGAUGCAGCAAAUGGCAGCUUUCAACAUCAACGGCCUGGUGGGGACCCCCAUGACUCCCUCCUCAGGCACCAGCACCCCCCCGGGGAUCAAUGCCACUGCUGUGCCCAGCAUAGCGACGGCCAUCGGGGUGAACGGGUUCAGUGCUCUCCCACCCCAGAGCAACGGGCAGCCAGCCUCUGAGCCGAUCUACACCAAUGGGAUCCACCCCUACCCAGCACAAAGUCCCACUGUGGUGGACCCCCUGCAGCAGGCUUAUGCAGGCGUGCAGCACUACGCAGCAGCCUACCCAGCAGCCUACGCUCCAAUCAGCCAGGCGUUUCCACAUCAACCAGCCAUCAUUCCCCAGCAACAGAGAGAAGGGCCAGAGGGCUGCAAUCUGUUUAUUUACCACCUGCCCCAGGAGUUUGGUGAUGCAGAGCUCAUGCAGAUGUUCCUGCCGUUCGGCAACGUCAUCUCUGCCAAGGUGUUCGUGGACCGGGCCACCAACCAGAGCAAAUGCUUCGGUUUCGUAAGCUUUGAUAACCCUUCCAGUGCUCAGGCAGCUAUCCAGGCUAUGAAUGGCUUUCAGAUCGGCAUGAAGAGGCUGAAGGUGCAGCUCAAGAGGCCAAAGGAUGCCAACCGCCCGUACUGACCCCUUCACGCUUCAACCAGGAGGAUGGGCCAUGGAGUUUACGAGUUCUAAUUUCCACAAGUGCAGUAUCAAUACAAAGGCUCCUUGUUUUGCUACAUAUCAUGAAGGAAGGUGUCUCUCUGAUUUGGUUUUAGAAAGGCUAACAGAAUGGAAUGGAUUUUGUUUUUUUUUUCUUUUUUUUUAACGGGAAGAUUUGAAAUUCUGCAGAGGAAUGCUGGAACCAUGAUUUUGCUGCUGUUUAUGAAAUAUAAAAAAAUGACAUGGAAGAUACACACACACACACACACACACACACACACACACACACACACACACACACACACACACACACUAGCCAGCUGGCUUUUUGGUUUCUGUGCCUACUCUGGGGUUUGAAGAAGCCUGGCCGCAGGGCUUGAGGGUUUGCCAGAAUGAACUACACCCAGACUGUUGAGAACCCUGGGAUUAUAUACAAGACAGUCACAUCAUUCCAUAGAAAAUAGGGACCA